AUGAGCCUGGCACCGACAGCAAAGGCCGCUGGCCCCACAGAUGCUGCUGAGCGGGCACGCACAGAGGAAACAGAAAAGAAAGUGACCUUUGUGGCUUCUGAGGACUCGAGUUCUGUGUUUGACAGUGUGGGGAGCAGUGUCCUCUCCUGGCUCUCCCAUGGGCUGGAGAAGGUGAUUCCCCAGCCAGCCCCAGCCCCAGGGCUGCAGGCACUCGGGAAGAGCUUCGAGACAAGCAUCGACGUUGCUGAUGAGACAGAGGUCCAGGUCAUUGGGGAUGAGGACGACGAUGGUCUGGAGAUAACUCCCUUCGAUGCCGAGGACGACGCGUCCGAGGGGGAGCUGGAGAGCGCCCCGGAGCAGUGGACAGGACAGCGGGUGCUCAGCUGGCUCUCACAGGGCUUCGAGAGGAUUCUGCCGCAGCCAGAGGGGAUGAAAAAGCCGGAGACAGAGCCGAAGGAGAAGAGUGAAGGCACGGUGGAAGGCACAGAAGGGACUAAAACCCAGGCGAAGUCGAAACCCAGCGCUGCAGGUGUUCCGAGUGCCCCAGGGGCAGCGAAGGCAGCGGCGGCCCAGGCCCGGCCGGAGCCAGGUGCUGCCCUGAGCCCUCAGCCCAUGGCUAUGGAUGGCACCAGGAUGUUCAGCUGGUUUGUCCAGGGGCUGGAGAAGGUGAUGCCACAGCCGGUGACCAGGGAGAAGCAGGACACACAGGGAGUGGCCACCGCAACCUCGAGUUCUGUGGAACAAAUUCAUGCAGCUCCUGGGGAGCAGGAGGAAACCCAUCUCAUCAUGGAAGAGAUGGAGGAUGGCAAGAUGAAUGAAGAGAUGACAGCCUGGGCUCACCAGGCUGAGCUGCAGGCAGAUGCUCAUUCCCUUCCCACCAUACAGGAGGAGCCUCAGGAAGAAGAGACCAGGCCCCUGCUGCAGCCUCCUUGUCCCCCUGCUGAUGAAGGUGUGGAAGAAGCCUGCCUUGCCCAGGAGGCCCCCGGGGCUGAGCAGCUGGAGGAAGUUGAGAUAAGCAAUCUGCAAUGUGCCCCUGUGCAGGUGGAAGAGGAGCCAGCUGAAGCUGCUGAAACUGAUGCUGAAGGUACAAGGGGUAUCGGGAGGGUGCCAGACUGGGAUGGAGUAAGCUGCAGAUGCCUUGUCCCUUGCUUGAAGCUCCCAGCAGCUGCUAGCAGCAUGGCCAGGCGGGCCCAGGACGUCGAGCUCUUCCAGCUGGUGCAUGACAAGCCCUGGGCUGGCAGGGCCCCCUCUCCUGCUGGCCACGGGACUCUAGAGCAGCUGCCCAAUGUCCCCAGUGUCCCCAGCUGCCGAGCCCCUGCUGCCACCCCUGUCCUUGUCGCCAGCAAGCCAAAGGCUGGACUUGUCAACCCCAAUUUUUGCACUGAGGAGCAACCCCCACUAGGAGAAGGCGACUGCUCCCAGAGGAUGCUCUGGACAGGGGUCUGGUGAGCCAAUCCUCCAGCCAAGGGCUGGGCUGGGACCAGGAGCACAGGGAAAGCCUGCCCGAGCGCAUCGGCUCGGCCUCGAGCCUGAGCAGUGCCAUCAUCAACACCCGGCUGCAGGAGCUGGUGAGGCUCUUCAAGGAGAGGACUGAGAAGGUGAAGGAGAAGCUCAUUGACUCUGAUGUCACCUCAGAUGAUGAGAGCCCCGUGGCAUCUCCCAGCAAGCCAGCACCUGCAGCAGCCGCAGCGCCUGCCUCAGGAGGGGAUCUGGAGGGGGACAAACCUCUGGGGGAUGACCACUACUGUGAGAUGCUGUGCUGCACCUUCAAGCGCCGGCCCUGGCUGGAGCACCUCAAGAGUUACCAGUUCCCCAGCAGCAUUGACCCCCUGACCAAUCUGAUGUACGUGCUGUGGCUGUUCUUCGUGGUCAUGGCCUGGAACUGGAACUGCUGGCUGAUCCCUGUCCGCUGGGCCUUCCCCUACCAGACCCCAGCCAACAUCCACUACUGGCUGCUGGUGGAUUACCUCUGUGACCUCAUUUACCUGCUGGACAUCCUCAUCUUCCAGACCCGGCUGCAGUUCGUGCAGGGGGGAGACAUCAUUACUGACAAAAAGGCCAUGAAAGAGAACUACCUGCGGUCACAGCGCUUCAAGAUGGAUGUGCUGUGCCUGCUGCCCUUGGAUUUCUUCUACUUCAAAGUGGGUGUGAAUCCCCUGCUGCGCUUCCCCCGGUGUCUGAAGUACAUGGCCUUCUUCGAGUUCAACAACCGCCUGGAGGCCAUCCUGACCAAGGCUUACAUCUACAGGGUGAUUCGCACCACUGCCUACCUGCUGUACAGCCUGCAUGUGAACUCCUGCCUCUACUACUGGGCAUCAGCCUACGAAGGACUGGGCUCCACCACCUGGGUCUAUGAUGGGGAAGGAAACAGCUACAUCCGCUGUUACUACUGGGCAGUGAAAACCCUCAUCACCAUCGGAGGCCUGCCAGACCCCAAGACCCUGUUUGAGAUCGUCUUCCAGCUGCUGAACUACUUCACAGGGGUCUUUGCUUUCUCUGUCAUGAUAGGGCAGAUGAGAGACGUGGUUGGUGCUGCUACUGCAGGACAAACAUACUACCGGAGCUGCAUGGACAGCACCAUUAAAUACAUGAACUUCUACAGGAUCCCCAGGGCAGUGCAGAACAGGGUGAAGACGUGGUACGAGUACACAUGGCACUCCCAAGGCAUGCUAGAUGAGUCAGAGCUGCUGGUGCAGCUGCCGGACAAGAUGAGGCUGGACAUCGCCAUCGACGUGAACUACAACAUCGUGAGCAAAGUGGCCCUUUUCCAGGGCUGUGACAGACAGAUGAUCUUUGACAUGCUGAAGCGGCUCAGAUCAGUGGUGUACCUGCCCAACGACUACGUGUGCAAGAAGGGGGAGAUAGGCCGGGAGAUGUACAUCAUCCAGGCGGGACAGGUGCAGGUGCUGGGGGGACCCGACGGCAAAUCCGUGCUGGUGACUCUGAAAGCUGGAUCUGUCUUUGGGGAAAUCAGCCUGCUGGCAGCAGGAGGGGGAAAUCGCCGCACAGCAAACGUCGUGGCCCACGGCUUCGCCAACCUUUUUAUUCUGGAGAAGAAAGACUUGAACGAGAUUUUGGUGCAUUACCCGGAGUCUCAGAAGCUGCUGCGCAAGAAAGCCAAGAAAAUGCUGAGGAGCAACAACAAGCCCAAAGAUGAGAAGGGAGGCCCCGGAGAUGCGCUGGUCAUCCCCCCGAAAGCGGAGACCCCAAAGCUGUUCCGGGCUGCCCUGGCGGCCACGGGGAGGAUGGGGGGCAAGGGGCCCCUGGGGCGGCUCCGCUGGAGGCUGAAGGAGCUGCAGGAGCUGCAGGCGAUGCAGGAGAUGCAGGAAGCGCAGGCGAUGCAGGCGAUGCAGGAGGCGCAGGGUUCCAGUGUCAGCCCAACCCCACCGAAGUCACCAGUGCACCAGAGAUCUCCUGUCGCAUCCCGCAGAGCACAAACCCGCCCGGGAGGAGAAAUAUCCUCAGAAUCUCCUGAUCACUCAGUCACCAUCCGUGUGAUCUCCACAGCAAGAGAGGAUGAGGAAAUCCUUGCUGCUGAGAUUUCAGAGAAAGAUGAAAAGGAAGAAGAGCAAUGAAAGAGCAGCAGGGCCCAGGGCAGGCGUAGGAGUCAGGCAAAUGCCUGGGCCAGCAGAUUCUUGUUGUUAAUGAUUUCCAUGCAGUGGCUGUAGCUUUGGCUAUGUGCUGUGGGUAGGAUCUGCCUCUCUCUUCUGCCCAGACCCUCAAUCACUGCUGAUAAAACCCUCUGCCAUUUGACCCAGAACCAUGUAAGGUUUCUCCACUUGCAGAUCUGUUGAGCACCUUUAUGAAUUCCCCACUAAAUCUCAGGUCAGCCCUCUUGCUUUGUGGAGGGAGAGCUAUGGAAAAAUUGCUUUUUAUGGCUCUGGAUGGUUAAUGAGUGUUCAGACAAAGCAUGAAGAGUUAUUCACCUCUGACAGCUGAGUCACCACUUGGCUGGAAACAACCCAGGGAAAAAAACCACAACAAGGUUUCUCUGUUGGGCUCAAGGUUGACAGCAGCAGUGGGGAGUGAUUCAUCUGAAAAGGAUGUGGGCUAUGCUCACAGGCCGAGCUUGAUUUGCUCACAGACCAAGCUGUCAUGAGAAUGCCAAGCUCUGUCCCCAGUGCACAGACUGCAAGGUGCCUGAGGGACCCUCGUGGUGCCAACACCACCUGGGCUUUGCCAGGGGAGGAAUCCUUGCUGGGAAGGUGGUGGGCUCUCCAUGACUGGGGGCUCUUGUGGGGAGAUUUGAUGAGCAUCUUUCAAGGAUGGAGAAGCACAAUCCUGGAUGAGAUAGAUGUUCCUGGAGGUUUUGUUUCCAGCCUUGGGAUUUUUCUGUGCUGCCAAUGCUGGGAGGGAUAAACAGAGAGCAGGAAGGGAGAACUGAGUUAGUUCCCAGCUGGGAGGGGAAAGAGAAGGGCAGUGAGUGCUCUCCUGUCCCAGACAGUGUUUCAGAGUCAGCUCUGAGCCUGCCAUAUGCCAACAAGUUCCCCUGCACUCCCUGCUGGGCCUCAGUGCCAUCCUGUUACAGGAGCCCCCUCCAGCCAGGUCUCACAUGCUCUCAGAGGUCCGUAACACACCCAAGACAGCUCAGCUACCUUUGGACGCAUAGAAAUCAGCAGGAUGGCUUCUGCUGCAGUGUUGGAAACAAAAAGGUUUAAUAAAAGGCUAAAUAACAAACAGAGAAAAACCAAGCCAGGUGCAGGAGAUUCUUGCCCCUGGUUAAACACCUCACAAAAGCAAUUGGUUUCUUUGUUCUCUUCUUUUUCUAGUCAAUUGCCCAGGCAGGACUUUUUGGCCCCUGUCCAGUUGGCUGUCCUUAAGUUUGGGGUGAAGUCCCCUACGUCUAUGAGAUGUCUUUUCACCUAAUUGAGGAGAGAAACUUCUGGGCUCCUUUCCUUUUUGAGGGGACAAAGGAGAGUUCUGUCACUCCAUCAACAGGGGACACAUUCCUGUAGCAUCCCCAUUUCCAUCAGGCAACUUCCAGCCCUUCAGCCACCUCAGACUGGCUUCAGACUGGCUUCUUCAGCCCACUCAGACUGGCUCCUGGCCACAUUUCCCACAGAGAGAAGCCACUCUGGUGCUGCUCAUCACUCAAGUCACAAAGCCACUGCCCCAGCUGUGCUGGAGGGGAAGGCAAACAGCACCAGCACCAGCUGAUGGCUCAAGGUGCCCCAUCUUCCUCCAGCACCACCAGCUCCCUCCUCAUCCUCCUCAAGCCAGCUCCCAGCACAGUGAGCUGAGAGGGGCUGGGGAGCAGCGCAUGAGGCAGGGCUGGAUGAGGUUUGCAGAUCCUCCCCGAGUUUUGGCUGUCCAUUCCCACAGAGAGGAGCCACUUCCCAUCCUGUGGUGGAGCAGCUGGGGCAGGUUUGCUGCAGGGAGCAGCCCUGUCCCCGUGGCCAAGGCACUCCCAGGGGUUCAGCAGAUGCAGGGAGCAGUGCUGCAGGUUCCACAGGUCUGGCUGUGACACAGGGAGGGGUGGCAGGGCUGCUGUCACCCCCUGGGUCAUCCCUCUUCCCAUCCAGGCUGACCUUCGCCUCCUCUGGGAUCUCCUUUUGUUGCUUUUUCCCCUCCCUUCUCUUGCAAACUGUAUGGGUUUCUGUGGCAAAAAAUAAAGCCAGAAUAGGUGUCAGCCUUAGUUAAUAAUGCCUUGCUUUCUUUUUAAACAAAUUUAAUGAGCUCCUGUACUGCAGGGGGGUCUGAAGCCAUCACAUUGCAGGGGAGAGCCUGCACUCACCCAAACCUCCCUGAAGAUUUCUCAUCCUCAGUCAUUUGCCAGUGGUUUCCAUUUGCCAGGCAGAAGAUUUUCAUGGGGAGUGAAAAGUUGCAGGUUUUUUCCACUCUUUAAAUAUUUAUGUAAUCAAACCAGGAAACAUGCAAAAAUCAAACUGGGGCUCUGAUUUACUUCUAUGAUUUAAUUUUCUUUAGAAAAAGCUUAUAAAUAAAUAGUGGGCUGUAAUUGCUCUCGUAAUUCACUGUAUCUACAAUAAACACCAUGUAGAUUACAA